GACAUGAGACUAAGGCUUUACUAUUUCUACGGCCAUUUUGGUAAACCGGCAACCGAUUAUAAUUUUUAGAAACUUUCGGAGAUCUUGGAUUUCCUAGCAGCAAUUCAAGAAUACUGUGGGAAAGAAUGGACAUUUUAGACUACAUACAUUGACUUUUAAGAUACUAAAGAACUUUGUAACAGGGGGAGUAAAGUGAAUCAAGGGAAAAAUGCCUCCUCCCCCUCCUCCCCCUCCAGGACCACCACCUCCCCCUGCACCCAGAGCUUCUGGUCCACCUCCAAAAUCCUCUGGAAAGCCUCAGAAUAGGGGGGCCCUGCUAAGCCAGAUCCAUCAAGGCGCCAAGCUGAAGAAGACAGUCACAAAUGAUCGUAGUGCUCCUACUGUAUCAAAUAAACCAAAUCCAAGUAGUAGUGGUGGAGGUACUGGAGGCAGUAGCAGUAGCGGCGGUGGCGGCGGCGGAGGUGGCAUGGGUGCAUCCCCUAUGGGAUUAGGUGGUCUCUUUGCUGGAGGAAUGCCAAAACUGAGACCAGCUGCAGAGAGGGGCAAACCUGGAACAGGAGGAGCCAAAGGGCCAGCCAUGCGACCACCUGGCUUCAAACCACCAACCCCAAAUAAUUCCAGCUCAUCCAGUGGUGGCUCAAGACCUCUCCCCAAUCUACCUCCAGGUCCACCCAGUAAGCCUCCUGGGUAUACUCCACCACCCCCACUUCCAUCCAACAGGCCACCAGGAUCUGAAAACUCCAGGCCAUUGCCACCACCCCCAUCAGGGUCAAGUUCAAGACCAUUACCCACUCCUCCUCCAACAGGUCCACCCAGACAACCUCCUGGAAUGAGACAGGGUCCUCCACCCCCUCCACCAGGAAGAGGAGGUGCGCCACCUCCAGGAAGAGGGAGUGCACCACCUCCACCCCCACCAUCACCAUCAGCUCCAAAAACAAGUGCUCCCCCUCCACCAACUCCCACAAGGAGUAAUCCAAGUAUGGCUGCUCCCCAACCUCCACCCCCACGAGGAGGUCCUCCCCCACCACCUCCAUCAAGAGGAGGGCCACCACCCCCUCCUCCAAGUAGAGGACCUCCUCCGCCCUCCUCAAGACCACCAUCCCAAGCUCCUCCUCCGCCUCCCAGUAAAGUUCCAUCAAAGCCAAAUUUUGGUCCUCCUGUACCUCGAGGAUCAGCUCCUUUGCCACCACCACCUCCUUCAGGUGGGCAAGGGCCCCCACCUCCCCCUCCAGCCAGGAUUCCACCUGAAAAUAAGAGAUCAGGGCCUCCUCCGCCACCACCGUCCUCUUUGCAUGGUAGGUCGAGUAACAUGAUGAUGAAUGGACCAACAAGAAGCUCUCUUCCCCCUCCUCCCCCAGAGCUACUGUCAGACCCAGAAGAUGAUUUUGAAUCAAGAUUUUCAUUUAGUAAAGAUCUUCCCUCUCCUGAGCCUUAUGUAGAAACAACAAGAACAUAUCCAAGCAAAAAUCCAAAGAAAGGUGGUGGUUCAAAGUCUUCUGGAAACCCAAGUGCAGUUAAAGCCAAUCCACCCCCUCCUCCCCCAUCAAGGGGAGCACCACCACCCCCACCCCCUCCUCCCAGGAGAUGAGUCUCUUACCUAAGUUUCUUAACAAAUCUAGGAAGACAGAAUUUUUUACAAUUAAAAGAAUUAUUGAAGCAACUUCAACCUUAAAAAACAUUGAUCCAGAGGUGUGGACUUUGUAGGUGACAUUUGUAUGCAGAAUACAGAAAAUUUUUUAGAGCGCAUUUCUUCAACCUCCAUGUUUACUGAGGCAGGAGAUAGUAAAUUUGUUGGUGUUGCAACAAGAACUGAUAAAUGCUCACAUGAGUAUGAGUAUAAAAACCGCAUUUAUGAACAAAUCAUUAGUGAAAAUGAAAUUUAUGUUUUGUAUUGUAUCUUUGUUGUAAAUGAAUUGUGUUAAGUAUUAGUUAGAUAUCCUUGUUUAAGUGCAUUUGUGGCGAAUCUUUUUUUUCAGAGCGCAUUUUUCUUUCUCUGAAAGAAAUUUUUCUUCAAAUGCAUCUAAAACGAUAAGGAAACAAGGAAGGUUGAACCCAAGAGAGGUGUUUUAGGUGAAUAGCACAAUCUUUUGUGAAGAGUUAACCACAAACUUGUGGUAGUGUCGAUAAUUCCAAUAACCAAACAAUAAUAAUAGACGAAAAUACAAUGCUGUGUGGUGAUUAAUGAUAAUUUUUGGAAUUAUUAUUAAUUGUAUAUUAUCAUUUUAGAAAUAAAAGAAACUGUUCUGCGAAA